GUGAUGGAGAGCACCCCUUCAAGGGGUGGACUGAAUCGAGUACACCUACAAUGCCGGAACCUGCAAGAAUUCUUAGGGGGUUUGAGCCCCGGGGUAUUGGACCGAUUGUAUGGGCAUCCUGCCACCUGCCUGGCUGUCUUCAGGGAGCUCCCGUCUUUGGCUAAGAAUUGGGUGAUGCGAAUGCUCUUUCUGGAACAGCCUUUGCCACAGGCUGCUGUAGCCCUGUGGGUGAAGAAGGAAUUCAGCAAGGCUCAGGAGGAGAGUACGGGGCUGCUGAGCGGCCUCCGUAUCUGGCAUACCCAGCUACUCCCUGGUGGUCUCCAGGGCCUCAUCCUCAAUCCUGUCUUCCGCCAGAACCUCCGUAUUGCCCUUCUGGGUGGGGGGAAGGCCUGGUCUGAUGACACAAGUCAGCUGGGACCAGACAAACAUGCCCGGGACGUUCCCUCCCUGGACAAAUAUGCUGAGGAACGAUGGGAGGUGGUCCUGCAUUUCAUGGUGGGUUCCCCCAGUGCAGCUGUCAGCCAGGACUUGGCCCAGCUCCUCAGCCAGGCUGGGCUUAUGAAGAGUGCUGAACCUGGAGAGCCCCCCUGUAUUACUUCUGCUGGCUUCCAGUUCCUGCUGCUGGAUACCCCUGCCCAGCUCUGGUACUUUAUGCUGCAGUACCUGCAGACAGCCCAGAGUCGGGGCAUGGACCUAGUAGAGAUUCUCUCCUUCCUCUUUCAGCUUAGCUUCUCUACUCUUGGCAAGGAUUACUCUGUGGAGGGCAUGAGUGAGUCUUUGUUGAACUUCUUGCAACAUCUACGUGAGUUUGGACUUGUUUUCCAAAGGAAGAGGAAAUCUCGGCGUUACUACCCCACACGCCUGGCCAUUAAUCUCUCAUCAGGUGUCUCCGGGGCUGGGGGCACUGCACACCAGCCUGGCUUCAUCGUUGUAGAAACCAAUUACCGACUGUAUGCCUACACAGAGUCGGAGCUGCAGAUUGCUCUCAUCGCUCUCUUCUCUGAGAUGCUGUAUCGCUUCCCCAACAUGGUGGUGGCACAGGUGACUCGCGAGAGUGUGCAGCAGGCCAUUGCCAGUGGUAUCACAGCCCAACAGAUCAUUCAUUUCUUAAGGACAAGGGCCCACCCAGUGAUGCUCAAACAGACCCCUGUGCUGCCCCCUACCAUCACAGACCAGAUUCGGCUGUGGGAGCUGGAAAGGGACAGACUUCGGUUCACUGAGGGCGUCCUGUAUAACCAGUUCCUGUCGCAGGUGGACUUUGAGCUGUUGCUAGCCCAUGCACGGGAGCUGGGCGUGCUUUUGUUCGAGAACUCCGCGAAGCGGCUCAUGGUGGUCACGCCGGCCGGGCACAGUGACGUCAAGCGCUUCUGGAAGCGCCAGAAGCACAGCUCCUGAGUGUGGGGGAACCUGGCGGGUGGGCGGGCCACGCCAGCUGCAGAAAAGCGGCCUCAGAACUCAGGUUUCUUUUCUUUUUUUUUAAUACGUCGGGAUGUUCUUGUUUAAUAAAGUUGUG